GAGAGAGACGUAUAAAUAUUAAAUACGCACUUUUUCCAGUCUUCUAGAGAGAGACGUAUAAAUACGUUCCUUGAUCAAAUUCCCUUGGUUUCACAUAUAUAUACACACAAGAAUAUGAACAGGCUGGCGCCUAUAACUCGCUCUUGUUGAUUUUAUUGUGAUAAUUUACAGCGCAUUCAAUGAAUUUCAAUUCCCAUUUCAUCACCUCACUAGGGUUCCUCUAAUUUUCGCUCUUCAUUCUAGUUGCCCGCAUUGAAAUAUAUGCUCAAUUUUCAUCACUCUGUUUUCCUGCUGGUACAGAAACAGGAAAAGAAAAGAAUUGUUUAUGUAAUUUCAAAUGGGAUUCAAGGAAGUAUAUAAGGCGUUGCUGGAAAUUUUCCCACAGGUUGACUCUCGAGUUCUUAGAGCUGUUGCCAUUGAGCAUAGCAAUGAUGCUGAUACUGCUAUUGAUGCAGUCCUUGUGGAGAUUAUCCCAUUUUUCACCGAAAAAUCAAGACAAAAAUGUCAAUCCGGGGGGUGCAUGAAUGUGGGUGAAUCAUCUAAAGCUCUUAUAGAUGACAUUCCAACUUCUGGGAUUGGAGGACUUCAGCAAUCAUUUCAUGGUGCAAAUGAUGGACGUAAUGAACCCUUCUAUGAUAUGCAUACUGGUAAUCAAGCAAGAAAUGAUUGGAUACCUGGCUUGAAACUAUCAGAGAAAUGUCAGAGAAGUGGCGCUAAAAUCAGUACUGAUAUGUUUCGUCACAUUGAACCUGUUACUGUGAUUGAUAGAAGUGGGGUAAAUAGCAAUCAUUUGGGUACAUCUGCAGACCUCGAAAGAGAGGGAAUGAUUUCUGCUGGAAAUCGUUCAGAAAGCCAGAUCAAACCUGUAUCUAAUCAGAGUCCUUGUCAUACGCCGAGAACUUUGGAACAUAUGAAUGUAGGUGUCAAUCCAACCAUGAAUCUUCUGCCUGGCCUCAAAGAAUUUGAUGGGCUCUUAGGUAUUGAUUAUAAUGUGCCAAUCCAUAAGGAAAAUCUUCAGCAAAAAUAUUGUGCAGAUGGGAAAUCAUUCGAGGUGGAUAGUCAUGUGGAACAUCCUUUUUUUCAAGAUCCAACUCUGAGUCCAUCAGGAAGCAGUGUACAAUUGGUAGAGGUACCUGAUGUUCAAGAGGGUAAUCUAGAGAAACUAGACGAAUGUUUGUCAGCUGAUGCUACUUCUAAGAUAGAAGCUCACGAUGAAAUGGUUGGUAUUGAAGAUAAGUGUACCUUGAAUGAUAGUUUAUACGGAUCUGGACAAAUUUGUGUCAUUGAUCUUAUUGAGGAUAUCAUUGCAGAUUCAAGAAAUAACAAGAAAACCUUGUUUUCUGCAAUGGAAUCUGUUAUCAUCAUGAUGAAGGAAGUGGAACUUAAAGAAAGAACCGCAGCACUAGCCAAAAUGGGAGCUGCUGAGGGCGGAGCUGAUAUAUUGGAUAGGGUUGAAGAGCUUGGACAAAUGGUGAAACGUGCAAAGGAGGCAAAUGAAAUGCAAGCUGGAGAAAUAUAUGGUGAAAAAGCCGUCCUAUGUACUGAGUUGAAAGAGCUUCAAUCUCGUGUUCUCUCUUUGUCAGAUGAAAGAAAUGAAUCUGUUGCAAGUCUUCAUGAGAUGAAUCAAACUUUGAAGAUGCAAUUAGCUGCAGCUGAGAAUAUGAUAAAAUUUGCGGAGCAGGAAAAGGUAGAAAAGGAAAAUUCUGCCCAUAAAGCACUUGCUAAUCAGGAAUUGGUAAUGGAGAAAGUCAUGCAGGAAUCAAAAAAAUUGAAGCAACGGGCAGAAGAAAAUGCCAAGUUGAGGGAAUUUCUUGUGGAUCAUGGUCGUGUUGUAGAUAUAUUGCAAGGAGAAAUAGCUGUUAUACAUCAAGAUGUGAGUUUACUAAAAGAGAAGUUUGAUGAGCAUGUUCCGUUUAGCAAAUCUCUUUCUUCCAGUCAGACCAGCUUUAUUUUAGCUUCGUCUAGCUCAUCAUCGAAAACCUUGUUUCCUGAUCAAGUUGAACCAGUACCUGACCAGAUUGAUUCAUUGGAGAACCCAAAGAAAAGAGAUCCAGAGCAAAUCUCUUUCUUCCAGUCAGACCAGCUUUAUUUUAGCUUCGUCUAGCUCAUCAUCGAAAACCUUGUUUCCUGAUCAAGUUGAACCAGUACCUGACCAGAUUGAUUCAUUGGAGAACCCAAAGAAAAGAGAUCCAGAGCCUUGUUUGGACGAACAGAUGUCUGGAAAAGAAUCAGUUA